CCAACAGUGCAACGGUCCAUUUGUUUACAACUGACACCGACCGACAGCGACGGCUUGUGUUUGUUUGUUUUUUCUUCUAGUUUUUCUACACCACCAUGAUUCUAUUUUAAUCUUUUUACAUGUUCUAAUCGGUUGGUCAACUAUUCAAGUGCCUGUUUAACAUUUUCUCCAAAGGUUAACCUUAACUCCACAAGCAUGUAAUGAGUGAUUCCGAUGAAACAGACGUGCUGCUGCUUAUACCGCCCGACUUCUUUAACUGUGAAUCGUCCGCUGUACUUACGCCUCGCACGCCAGCCAACUGUUCCUUCGACUUUGCGGAUUGUUUGUCCUAUGCAUCAUUUGCUCAACGCAGCAACGUAAAAUCGAUGGCAGGGAUAGGAAAUUAUUCCGUGGUCGGUUGUACGGCCGCCGAACGAACCGAGCACUAUGUCGCUUCCACGCCAUUCAAGCACCACGCACACAAGGAACCACUAAAGGAACAGUACUUGCUGCACGAAAUAGACCGAUUUCUGCAGGAGGACGAUCCGCAAAGGGCGCAGCAACGCCAGCAGACUCGCGCAAACCAACACAACCGUCCAGGACAAAGCCCGGAUGGUUCUUUGAUCGAUGUGGAUAGUCUCUCGGUGCAAGACUAUCCAUCGUUGACGAGAAACGAUUUCAAUGGUCUUUCAAAACCUGUUCCAUCCUGCGGUCCCGUGCCCCAAAAACCACCGCGCAACGUACACGGCGGAAUGGUCACGAAACCGGCCAGCAAAAACGGUCACCUUCUCAAUCUAAGCGAUAUCUGGCAAACGAACGGUACCGCCGGACAGCCGGAAUACUCGAAGGUGCUGCAAGAGGAACGCCUCCGGAGACAGCACUGCGAGCGUAACAUUCAAUCACUGCACGUAAAGCUGCUCGAGUACGAGGAGAAAAUCGCUGUAGCUCUGUCGGUGGACAAAGAGAAGGUGUCCAUAAUCGCCAACUUGGAACAGGAAACGGCCCGUCUUACGGGUAGGCUUCGGGACAUGGAACACAAGCACAUUGAAACGCACGAAAAGCUUAUGGCAGAAAAUGUGGAGAUUAAGAACAAAAACCUCUUCCUCGAGAAGGAGCUGGCCGAAACGCUGAACCUAGUGCGAAAGCUAGAGGAUAAAAAAGAUAAUCUGGAAGCGAAGAUAGAGCACCUUGCCACUGCCAAUCGUGACGUGAACGAUGUACACCGGCAACAGAUGGAGGAUCUGCAAAUACGGCUAGCAAACAGCCGUGACAACGAGCGGCAGUUAAGGGAGCAACUAGGCAAACAGCGGAAAGCGAACGAGCAGCUUGGUGCUGAGUUGCAAGCGGAAAAGCAAAAGCUUGCCGACAGUGUGCGGAUCAGGGCCGAUUUUUGUGCACUCAAAACGAAAACGGACACGCUGGGAAAACGGUUUGCGGAGGUUACACGCGAGAACGAAAGUUUACAGGAACAAGCGAAACACAUGAAGGAACAGAUUGCGGUCCAUCAGGAAGAAUCGAAAAAACUGUUGAAAGAGUUAGAAAUUCAGCGCCUUUCGCUCAAGAAGUACUACCAAUCCCAGCUCGAAGACGUCGUGUCGGAUAAGUUGAAAGAGUUCCAGAAGCAGCUCACCACCGUCGAGGAAGAGCUGAAAGAGGAGGCUAAGAAACGGGAACGCACCCUAACCGAGCGUGCAAAGCGUCAGAUCGAGCUGAUCGAUCAGAAGCGCGAGCAAGAGAUGCAACUCCUCACCGAGCGAUACAACGAGCAGGAGUCACUGUACCGUCUUCAGCUAACCAAUUCGGCCAAGCGGAUACACGAGCUAGAAGAUAAGCUGCGCACGAUCCACAGUCGGCGGGCGGACAUUGCCGAACAGCUCCACUCGAUCAUGGAAAACCAAUGGAAGCAAGCGCUCGACGUGCUGAUGAGUCCGGGCCAGCAAACUGCCACAAACAAUGCUGCCCACCAGGCGGAGCUCGAUGCGAAAGCGGCCAAAUUUAGCCGUCUAACACUCGAGCACGUCGACAAGGAUCGUCUCGAUGGGGUUAGCUCGCUGAAAAAUUCGAUCCUAACUGAUGAAAAUGACUCCUACCGUACACCGGGUGGAAGAAAAUCCUUGGAAUCGAACGGGAAUCCUAGCUUUCCGAAGGAACUGCUCCACAACUACAUCGAACUGUUGCUUCAAAAAUCACCAAACGAUCUCAAACGGCUCGAGGAGGUACUGUCGAGCUGUCGGAAGCAAUCGGAAAAGGAGACGACGGUACGCAUCAACGGCAAUGAAACGCAUCCGGGCACGCUGGGAGUUGGCAGGUCAGCUUCCGCUACCGCCCUGAAUCAGCUUGGACUGGCGGGGAAAUCUUCCAACAAAACACCCCGACCUUGGAAAUGAGUUGCUUUUAGACUGACUACGAGUAGGAUAGGCUAGUGCACGCUCGACACACGGGACAAGCACGGAGAACGUUAGUUAAUGUGUGCCUUUGGAAAUGAAUUUUAUCCACGAACGAAUCGCGGCGGCCUAACACAUGUUUCUAGAUUGUACAACAAGUUUACUUAAUUCUUAGCACAAUCCAUUCGUCUUGUUGAGAUGAAGCAAUUGCAAUAAUAAAAGAAAAUUUAACC